AUGACCGGACGUGGCGGCGGCGGUGGUCGCAGAGUGCUGCUUCCUCCGAUUAACUUCAUCUUCAGGCUCCUUCAGCAGCACACGACUGUGCAGAUUUGGCUGUACGAGCAGCUGUCGAUCCGAAUCGAGGGAAAGAUCAGGGGCUUCGACGAAUUCAUGAACCUGGUCAUCGACGAUGCAGUUGAAGUGAAGCAAGUUACAAAGACGAAUCCGGAGGAGUCGCGGCGUUCAUUGGGUCAAAUAUUGCUGAAGGGGGACAACGUUUCUCUCAUUCAGAGUUUAUCAGGAUAA